AUGCCGGCGCGUCCAGUCACUAAGAGAGAUAUUCUCUCCUGUGCGCCAAAACAAUUGUUACAAGAGCUCCGUCGAUCAAUUUGUGGCUGGGAUAAAGCAGUAAAUCAAGAUGUUGAAGUGGCUUGGAGAAAAUGGAGAAAUGACAUUCAAAUUGUUGAGUCAUUAUUUGCUCUCGAACAUCAGUCGUUGCAUGUUUUCUCUGACGUAUCCGAGGUCGGUUAUGGAGCCGUAGCCUACCUGAGAUGUGAGUCAGUAGAGCAAGUUCGCUGCAGUUUUUUGAUGGGGAAAUCAAGAGUAGCGCCCCUCGAGCCAGUAACUAUUCUUCGCCUCGAACUUCAGGUUGCGGUAUUGGCGGUUAGACUAAUGCGUCACCUGGUGAAGCAACUAGAAGCCCGGUUUAACAAAGUAUACUUUUGGACUGACUCAGUGGUUGUGCUGCAUUAUAUUUUUAGUACAAGUUCGACGUUUAAAACUUUUGUGGCCAGCAGGUUAUUUCCAUACAUGGAAAUACCAACACUUCUCAAUGGAGAUAUGUUCCAGCCAACGUGA